GCGCUGUCGCUGGAGGUGUCGCUGUCGCUGGAGGUGUCGCUGUCGCUGGAGGUGUCGCUGUCGCUGGAGGUGUCGCCGGCCCCGUCACUGCGCCAGCUGCGGACAUGAAACGGUUGCUGCUUGGUUCCCCUCGACCGGCGCAGGUUUAUGCUCGCCUUCUCUGCAGUCAGCUAAAGACUUUCAGUACACUGCCAGACAAAAAGAAACAACUUCUAGAAGAGGGUCCUGAUCUGCGGGAAUUUAUAUCCGGUGAAUUAUCGGACAAGAAAACAUGGGAAGAAUACAAAGGCACUCUGAAACGCCCAAAGGGAGAAAGAUUAAGAUUGCCUCCAUGGUUAAAGACAGAGAUUCCUCUUGGGAAAAAUUAUAAUAAAUUGAAAAAUACUCUUCGGAAUUUGAAUCUGCACACUGUAUGUGAAGAGGCAAGAUGUCCAAAUAUUGGAGAAUGCUGGGGAGGAGAAAAAGGCACAGCCACAGCCACUAUAAUGUUAAUGGGUGACACCUGCACACGAGGCUGCAUGUUCUGUUCAGUAAAAACCAGUCGAAAGCCUCCACCCUUGGAUCCUGAUGAGCCCAUCAACACAGCAAAUGCAAUAGCAGAGUGGGGCCUUGACUAUGUUGUGCUGACUUCCGUGGACAGAGAUGAUCUUCCAGAUGGUGGAGCAAAACAUUUUGCAGCUACCGUCUCACAGUUAAAAGAAAGACAUUCCAAAAUCAUAGUGGAAUGCCUGACCCCCGACUUCAGAGGUGAUCUAAAAGCUGUUGAAACAGUGGCAGUCUCAGGACUUGAUGUAUAUGCGCACAAUGUGGAGACUGUCAGGGAAUUGCAGAGGUCUGUGCGAGAUCCUCGGGCAAAUUUCGACCAAUCGCUGAAUGUGUUAAAACGUGCAAAGAAAGUAAAACCUGGACUCCUUUCAAAAACAUCCAUAAUGUUGGGCCUUGGUGAGACGGAUGAACAAGUGUAUGCAACAUUGAAAGAACUACGAGAGUCUGGCGUGGAUUGCGUAACAUUAGGACAGUACAUGCAGCCGACAAAACGACAUCUAAAGGUGGAUGAGUACAUAACGCCAGAGAAGUUUAAAUACUGGGAAAAUGUGGGUAAUGAGCUUGGAUUCCUUUUCACUGCCAGUGGACCCUUGGUGCGCUCUUCGUACAAAGCAGGUGAAUAUUUCAUGAAGAAGCUCCUUAAUAAACGAGUGGCUGAGCCAAGUUAGAUGACACUGACAACUGUCUAAUUAAUUAUUUGUUAAACAGUUUUUUGUACUUCCGAGCAUGCCUAAUUUAAUGCUUUUGGAUUUAUUAAUGGGCAAUGGGCAAGUUUGGACUGUGUUAUCUAUGCAGAGUUGCUCAGAGAAGAACUGAUAGAUGGUCCUGAACCACCUGUGUUGGUAGUCAAUGUUGUUAUUGACCCUUAUUCCAGAUGGAUCUCUUUUCAGUUUCUUAGAGAUUUUUUUUAUCUUAACAAUAAUCCAUUUAAAUUUGGCUAUAAUUUUGGAGGCGCAUUCCACAAAAAACACCUUGGUACGUCUCGACCUUGUCUCUGCGAACAAAUCGAUUGAUUUUCCGAUGAUUUUACACAGAUUGGUCAUUGCACAAGAGUUUGCAAUGUGAAUACAAGACAGCUAUGUUUCUGUGCCCUGGGCAAUAAUGAUUAUUAAUUUAUUGAGCAAUUUAGUAAUUCAGUACAUCAUUCAAGAGAACAAUCAUAAGAAAUUGAUUUAUUUUCCUACCUCAUUGGUCUAAAGUGUUGAUCUAUAUGAUUUUAGGGACAUUCAAAACGCUAUAAUUAAAAUUGUGUUCCUACCAAAAGUAUCCAGCCUAUUGUUCUAAAUUUGAUUCACCUCUAGCUAUGCUACCGGAUUGAACCAUUUUACCACCAUUUAACUGAAGGUUAAAAUAAAUUCCUCCGUAAAAUGGAUUAACAGAAGUGCUAUUUAUGUAUGCUGAGUCAUGAGAUGUGCACUAUGAUCACGAUAUGUUGGAUGUGUGCAACAUUUGAUGCCUAUGAAUAAAAACAAUGCAUCUUGGUUGUGUACAGUAAAGCAACAUUUUAUCAUACUGUACUUUUUCAGCAAAUGUAAAAUACAAAGUGAUGCAGAUGAUAAACUACAACACAGGUAAUUCAAUUUUUACCUGUCCAGCUUACUUUUGAAUUGCUACUAAUAAAUGGCCAGAAAUUAGUUUACAAACAAUGUAUUCAUUUUUGUGUGGAAAACAAAAUAUUAAAGAAAAUUAUUUCUCAA